UAUCGCUUUCCAGCUGCUCAGACGAAGCAACUUUACUAACAGUUGUGAGACGUACUUCGUGUUCCAGAAUAUAACUGUAAUGUUAUUUCCCUGCACAGUGGAUGCUGGAAGUUGAAACAAAGGAUUUUAGUGUUGACUAAGAUAACGCUAGUUGCGUUCAAUUACACGAAGCCGGACUGAUAACACUCCAGUGACGUAGCCGUUGUGGGUUGAGAAGAGAAAAAGCCUACUACCAUCUUUAAAAUAUACGAGGAAGAAAGUGACACCACAAUCAAGUGCAUUCGGUUAAUCAUCUUGUGCUGACAAGUGCGAGUGACACAGACACACAGAUUGCGUCUUUAGCAGAUUGAACAUCCGACGGCGAAGACGACAACGACUGGCCAAUUCCUCACACAAUGGCUGGAUUGAAUGAUAAUCCGUUCGGCGAGCCGGAGGUUGACAACCCGUUUGCGGAUCCAUCAAUACAGCAGAUAACGAGAAACACCACCAGCCUCCAACAGACACUAGACGACUAUCGGCCAUUCGAUAAUGACCGCAAUGUGCUCGGUACCAAUGGUGCGAAUCAGCCGGCCACCCUACACCCGUCCACACAGUCCCCACCGGUUUACAAUCCGAGUGGAGCACAGUAUCAGGCCAACGGCAAUGGCGCAACGUCCGUUGGCGGAAGUAAACCCGCCGGAAUGACUCAAAUCUCCACCGCUGAGCUCGAGGUACGUAGCACGGAUGAUGAAGAGCUGGAGCGAAAAACCCGGGAGCUGGAGCGUCGGGAAGCAAACAUGAUGCGCAGUUCGAACGAGCGCCCUAACAAUUGGCCCCCGCUGCCGUCUAUGUGCCCGGUGCAGCCGUGUUUCUACCACGACAUCAACGUCGAUAUUCCGGUCGAGUUCCAGAAGGUAGUCCAACGACUCUACUAUCUGUGGAUGUUCUACGCGCUGGUGAUGGUGGUUAACAUUCUCGGCGGACUGGUCAUACUGAUCCACUCGGGGGAAGUUCGCACCUUCGGGUUGGCCAUCUUCUACGCCGUCUUGUUCACCCCUGCCUCUUUUCUCUGCUGGUAUCGUCCAGCAUAUAAGGCCUUCAAGACGGACUCCAGCUUCAACUUUAUGAUGUUCUUCUUCAUAUUCUCCUUCCAAGCGCUUGUGACCACGAUUCAAACUGUCGGCUUUCCCGGUUCGGGCACAUGUGGCGUCAUCAUGGCCAUCAGCCAAUUUAGUGCCGGUUGGGGCGUCGUCGUCGGGCUGUUCCUCAUGUGCAUCGCCCUUGCGUACGGAACCUGUGCCGCAGGAAAUAUUUUCAUGCUGACAAAGGUCCACCAGAUCUACCGAUCCGGCGAGAAACUUACCAUGAACAAGGCCCGUGAAGAGUUCCAGAAUCAAUUCUUCGGCAAUGCGAUCGUGCGGGACGCGGCAGCCGGUGCCGCCCGCGCCUCCGUUCAGAGCACUUUGAACAGGUACUAGAUCCACUCGUGGUUUCGCCCUUUCUUCUCCUUCUUCCAUCUUUUCAUUACGUCCACUUUUAACACACACACUCUGCACACACCGUUGUUGUGUUAGUUCGGUUCUAGCGACAACGAUUGCGCCCCUUGACCAGACACCGAAUCUAGGGCCGUCUUUUCCAAUCAAACAUCCCCGAUUAACACAGAAAAAUAAACCCAUUUAAUUGCACUGCGAUUUAUUCCCCUUCCUUUUGGUACCUUGGGACCUCUGGUACGACUGUUACGAAUUUGACCGCCCCAUACGCCCUUAGAUGAAGCAUUUCCGUCCCAACGUGCUGUUUCCUCCCCCGUUAUGCCUAGAGAUUGUCAAUAUUAUUUUUCCAUUUCUUCUAAAGAUAUCAUUAAUUAUAGUGCCUUUC